AAUAAUUUCAUUGCCCCCAUGGGUGUCACAAAGAUUUACAUUGCUUUGAGCGUUUUAUUCUGUCAAGGUGUAACUUACGUAAACGUCGGAUUCAAAAAAUCUGCAUGGGAGCAGAAUCCUUAUAAAUACAGUCAAUGGGGAGCAGAGCGUGCUGUGGACGGUCUCUAUUCAGACCUUUCUGCUGCUGGAGGACAAUGUGUGAUAUCAGACGAUUACCAAUCUACAGCAGAGUGGCGGGUGGACCUUGGAAGAAUACACAUAAUCCAUCAUAUUGUCAUAUAUUACAGGACGGAACAUAAAAAUUCAGAUAUAAUCAACGUGUAUGCCUCAAGAUUUUUGGGAUUCUCAGUGUACGUAUCAAACACAACUAACAAAAACGAUGGAAUUCUUUGCUUCAUGGACAGGAACUUCACAAUAGAAACAAUACCUAAACCGAUGAACAUAAUAUGUCCGAACCAGGAGAGCGGAAGAUACGUCAUAUAUCACAACAACAGAACGCAUCCUCCUUAUCCUGAUGGUUAUUCUACCUAUGCUUACAACGAGCUUUGUGAAAUGGAAGUUUUCUCUUGUGCUGUAGGUACAUAUGGAUUGGAAUGUAAGGAAACUUGCGGAAACUGUCGUAAUGUUAGCCAGCGUUUAAAAACUAAUGGGAAGUGCUUAGAAGGAUGUAAAGAUGGCUUUCAGGGAAUCUUGUGCAAAUCACCUUGUAACACAGGAUCAUAUGGUAUCGAUUGCAAAGAAAAAUGCGGCAACUGUCUUUAUGUUUACAAGUGUUCAUAUUCUAACGGAACGUGUUUAACUGGAUGUGUCGCUGGUUAUCAUGGGAAUUUGUGUAAAACACCAUGUACGUUAGGUUCGUUUGGACUGGAAUGCAGAGGCACAUGUGGUAACUGCCGUAUGUGUUCAAAUGCGAAUGGUUCUUGCUUAACUGCAUGCGAUGCUGGAUACUUGGGAGAAUUGUGUAAAACGCGUGUGUAAAUGAUUUAUUUUGUUAUCUAUUUCAUAAAUAUAUCUCUUAAAACUAGAUUUGCAUAAUCAAGGAAACUGCCUAAAGCAAUGAUUUUAUUCUGAUUUCUCUCAUGUCAUUAUUAUCAAAAUUAUACAAAAAAUAUGAAGCUGAAUUAAACUUUAAAACGGCUUGCAGCGCAGGUUUUUAUUAUCCUGAUUGUUGACAAUAAUGUGGAAACUGCCUUGACGUUAACAAGUGUUUACAUACUAAUGGAGUGUGUUUAACUGGAUGUGAUGUUGGGUAUCAAGGAGCACUCUG